GCACACAAUAAAUAAAGCACAUGUAACAUACAUACAUACAUACCACGCACACAAUAAAUAAAGCACAUGUAAUAUACAUACAUACAUACAUAUAAUUUUUCUUUAUAUAUUAUAUAUAUAAAUCUAGUCUUCAUCCUUCCACAAAAAUCAACUGACCUUCAAUUUCAAUUUGCAUGAAAGCCAUCACAGAUCAAAAGAGAGAGAGAGAGUUAGUAGUAGUAGUAGUAGUAGUAGGUACAAGUGUAAUAAUGGAAAACGUUGUGUUUGUGUGAUUAUGUGUUUAGUGAUUCUAUUAGCCAUCUUCCUUGGAAUAUACCGUUUUAUUACUCAGAGUAGUUCAAUCUCAGGGGCCUCCCACCAAACAACGACGUCAGGCACUGUUUUUAUAAACAGAACAGCUCCCGCUGGAAUAAUAGACAAUAAUGACUUUAUCUGUGCCACUCUUGACUGGUGGCCUCCUCAGAAAUGCGACUAUGGAUCUUGUAGCUGGGGAACUGCUUCUCUUCUUAAUCUAGACCUCACCAAUCCCAUUCUUCUAAAUGCUAUACAAGCAUUUUCACCCCUGAAGAUUAGGCUAGGGGGCACUUUACAAGACAAAGUCAUAUACGAGAGUGAAAGAACUCAACAAUCUUGUGCCCACUUUGUCAAAAAUGACUCAGAAUUAUUUAGCUUCUCUCAUGGUUGCUUACCUAUAUCUCGGUGGGACCAACUAAACCUUUUCUUCAAACAAACCGGGGAUGUUAUUAUUUUUGGUCUAAAUGCGCUAAGUGGCAAGAUAAUAGAUUCACAUGGCUUAGCAACUGGAGCUUGGGAUUCCACUAAUGCUGAAUCCUUCAUACGGUAUACAGUGAACAAAGGGUACCAAAUUCAUGGUUGGGAACUUGGAAAUGAACUGAGUGGUAACGGAAUUGGUGCAAGAAUCACAGCAGAUCAAUAUGCAUCAGACAUUAACCAUCUUCAAAACAUAGUUCAAAAUAUUUAUGGAGGUUCUAAAGUAAAGCCUUUGGUUCUUGCACCAGGAGGGUUCUUUGAUCCCAAUUGGUUCAAAACGUUCAUAAACAAAGCUUCUAAAUCUCUUCAAGUAGUCACUCACCACAUUUAUAACCUUGGUCCAGGCAGUGAUGAACAUCUUAUUGACAAGAUCCUAAAUCCAUCUGUUCUCAGCGGCGAGUCAAAGACUUUGAGUAGCCUUCAAAGCAUUCUUAAGCAUUCAACGACUUCAGCAGUUGCUUGGGUUGGGGAAUCAGGAGGAGCUUACAACAGCGGCCGCAAUCUCGUUACCAAUGCUUUUGUUUUCAGUUUCUGGUACUUGGACCAGCUUGGUAUGGCAGCAUCUUAUGAUACCAAAACAUACUGCAGACAAACAUUAGUUGGUGGAAACUAUGGUCUUCUCAAUACUAAUACGUUUGUCCCAAAUCCAGAUUAUUACAGUGCUCUUCUUUGGCACCGAUUGAUGGGAAACAAUGUCCUGUCCACAAGCUUUUCUGGGCAAGCCAAGUUGCGCGCUUAUGCUCACUGUUCUAAGAAAAGACAAGGAAUAACAUUGCUCUUAAUCAAUCUAGAGAAUAGUACUACGGUUCAAGUCCUUGUUUCAACUAUAGCUUCAAGCUCCAAUACUUCGAACUCCCAACAAAAAUAUCAAAACCCAAGAACAAAUUUUACAACAACGUCUCACAUUGAAAGAGAAGAGUACCAUUUAAUGGCUGCAAAUGGAGAUUUACAUAGCCAAACAAUACUUCUAAAUGGAAAAGUACUAAUGGUAGAUUCAUCUGGAGUAAUCCCAACCCUGGAACCAGUAUUUAAAAGGGUAUCAUAUCCAAUCACUGUGGCUCCUUACUCUGUUGUAUUUGUUGUCAUUCCCAACAUCAAUGUUUCAGCCUGCUAGUCUUAAUAUUUGUCGCGUAUAUGAAACUUCUUUUUGUGCGCAGCUCUAAUAUUUUAAAAUCAUAGAGCAAAAUAUAUAUAUAUUAUACA